AUGGUCUACUCCCUUCGUGUUUCUUUCCUUUUUUUUCUUUCUAUCUCCCUCUUAAACACUUUUCCCCUUACUUACUGUUUUUUCCUCUUUUUUACUCUCUCUUUUUCCUCUUUCUUCCUAUCCUUUAUAUUAAGAGUCUUCUUCUUCUUCUUCUUCUUCUUCUUCUUCUUCUUCUUCUUCUUCCUUCCUUCCUUCCUCCUCUUUUUUUCCUCCUCCUUCCAUUCCCAUCCUAUAUCGCCUUAUGCUUUUUUCUUUUUUUUCCUCCAUCUCUUCCUCUUUUUCUUUCCCUCCUCAUCCCCUCCUCCUAAUUUCGUCUUCUUCUUCUUCCUCAUUCUCAUCCUCUUUUUUUCUUCUUCUUCCCCGUCAGCACCGGUCUUCUUCCCCUCCUUCUCUUUUAUUUUUCUUCUUCUUCUCCUGCUUCCCUUCCUCUUUUCUUUCCCUUCUUCAUCUCCUCCCCUCUUCUUUUCCACCUCUUUAUCCCCUUUUUUCUUCAUCUUCUUCCCCCUCCUUCUUCACCACCUCCUUUUUUCUUUUUCUCUCCCCUCCUCUUCCCCUCUUCUGUCGCAUUUUCUUUUUUUCUUCUUCUUCCCGCACCUCCUUCCUUUCUUCUUCCCCUCCUCCUCUUUUCUUCUUUUUCUUCUCCUCGUCCUCCUGCCCUUUACCUUCUUCUUCCUCCCCCUUUCUCCUCCACCAAUUCUUCUUCCCUCCAAUUUUCUUCUUCUUCCAUCCUUCUCCUCUUAA